AAAAAAUGUUCAUUUGAUUGCAAUCAACCUGGAAAAUGGAUCCUUUGUUUUUGGCCUUGUCAUUGUACCGACGUCGGCAACUCGAUGAGUGUAUUAAACUGUGCUCUCAAGCCUUGGAUAAAACUCCUUUGGAUCAGGCAUUUUGGUUAUUAAAGAUGCGUUCACUGACCAGUCAAGUUUAUGUCGAUGAUGUUGAGGCCGAUGAAGAGGGAAUCGCUGAACUAUUAAUGGACGACAAUGUCAUUUCCUCUGUACCCCGACCUGGAACCUCACUUCGAGCACCACCGACGGCAAUAAGUUCGCAGUCGAUUGACCAUCCGUUGGUCACUUCAACACCUUUCUCAGCAAACAGGCCACUUACCCAAUCGGGUCGUCCGAUAACCGGAAUGAUAAGACCUGGAACUCAAAGUAACACUUCACGACUUGGAACUAUGGAGAAUACGCUGAAAACACCUCGAACCUCUCGAACAGCUCGACCAAUGACCUCAGCUUCUGGACGUUAUGUGAGACUUGGAACAGCGUCGAUUUUAUCUGCUGGUGGAUCGGCUGGUGGGCAGGCUGAUAGUCCAUUUAUUAACUUAGCGCGUUUAAAUAUUUCUAAAUACGCGACCCUGUCGACUUUAUCGAAAUCACUUUUCGAGUACAUUUUAUUUAGAGAAGGUGAUACUCGACAUGCUCUUGAUUUAGCCGCUCAAUCGUCGCAAGUUUUAAUGUUCAAUGAUUGGUACUGGAAGUUGGGCUUAGGUAAAUGUUACUUUAAAGUGGGUCUAUUAAGAGACGCUGAGACUCAAUUCAGAUCAGCACUGAAACACUCAGAGGCCCCGAUUGAUGUUUACCUUUGGCUGGGAAAAGUUUACCUGCGUCUUGAUCAACCUUUGGCCGCCCUUAAUGUUUACAAAUUGGGUUUGAUUAAAUUUCCAGGGGAAACUUUUCUCCUUGCUUAUUGUGCUCGAGUCCACGAAGCGUUGGUACAAUUAGAUGAAUCAGUAACCAUCUACAAAGAGAUAUUAACUUACGAAGCGAUAAAUGUCGAAGCGAUCGCUUGUAUUGCGAUGCACCAUUUUUACUGUGAUCAACCAGAAAUUGGACUCCGUUACUAUCGACGACUCCUUCAAAUGGGAACCAAAAAUGCUCAAAUCUACAACAAUUUAGGUUUGUGUUGUUAUUACUCACAACAAUUUGAUAUGGCGAUCACUUGUUUCGAAAAGGCUUUGAAUAGCGCUCAAGACGAUGAAUUGGUCGCUGAUGUUUGGUACAACAUCGGCCUCAUUGCAAUUGGAUCGGGUGAUAAACAGUUAGCCGGUCAAGCAUUUAGAUUGGCUCUUGUGGCCGAUAACACUCACCCAGAGGCCUACAACAAUUUAGGAGUCCUCGAAAUGACCAAAAGCAAUCCAACAACUCACAAUCUCCAUCAAGCCAAAGCCUUUUUUCAGGCCUCAGCAGCGACUUCAGAAUCAAAUGGCUCACCAAUUUACGAACCUCAUUACAAUUUAGCUUUGAUUGGUGAGAAAACAGGUCACUUUGAUUUAUCGUAUCAAUCAAUUAAAAAGGCUCUAAUUAUUUACCCUGAAUUUUACGCAGCCAAAACAAUUUACGAGAGAAUCAAAAAAGAGUACGAAAAUGUUUAACCAAGACAAUUAAACUAAUUGCGAUUACAAUUAAGCUCAAACAGUCACCACCAAGUAAAUCAUCAGACAAUCAACAAAUAGUAAACCAAAUGAUUGAAUUAUAAUCAAUUAUUUCAGUUGUGUAAAAAAUUUCUCGCUUAAUUGUAAUACUAAGAAAUUGAAUGAA